AUGGCCGCGAUGGAUCUGCAGGGCCAUCUCAAAUGGACCGGGCUGAUAAGCAUAUUCUCCCUAAUCAGUCUGGUUAUUGCCAGCCCAUCGAUCACAUCCGCACAGAACACAAAUGUUCCUCCAUGCCAGCAGCAUGCCGAACUGCAGUCGAACGACAACACCCGCCACACCACGAAAGUGUCUCUGCUUAACGGACUAGACCACCAACCACCGCUCGUUAUAGAUACUUUCAGCGACGCAUGGCGGAACAAUCUCGGAUUCUGGCACGGUGCGGGAGAAGGUCUACCCAUUGAGUAUGGCGACGAUUACGUGCGAUUCUUUCCGACGGAUCCCGACCACAACUAUCACACUCAGCUAGCGGCAGCGGAAUGCUUCAGUUUCCUCCCCUACAGCGACCAGUACCUUCAUAUUGUGUUUUCGGGAACAAACAAGUUCAGCAUCUCGCUCAACCAGAACAAUGAGGACUGUGACCCUUAUCGGAAGCCAUACCCCGAGACGUGGGAUUCAGUGGAGGCGGCCAGGUAUACCAGUGGCAAUGAGAUAUACGUGCCUCUUUCACAUUUCCACAUUGAUCAAUCCAGAGUCUUGUCGGUAUCCUUCAAUGGAUUCUACUCAAAGGAAAGCUUGACAUUAUACAAGGUAGAAAUUGUGCCGGAGCUUCCAAUGGGUCUUCGAGUGCCAAACAGGCUAGCCAACGGUAGGAUGGUUCUUAGAUGCACAAGGCCCAAUUCCUUUGCCUUCGGCAUAGACGAUGGGCAACCACGCUUCGCCCAAGAGGUCAUGGAUAUCCUGGAGAAGGAGAACAUUCUGGUGACUUUCUUCGUUGUCGGAUCAGGACUCCGAGAUGAGGAGACCAAUUUCACACAAGUGUACCGGGAAAUGCUAAGGAGAGGCCAUCAAAUUGCUCUCCACUCGAAUAAACAUCGAAAGAUGGAAGGUUUGGAAGCCAUCGAAGACAUCGACGACGAAAUCAUCAGGAAUAUCCGAGCGUUCGGGAGUUUCCUGGGAGUUGAGUCAGCUCGCUACUUCCGACCACCAUUUGGAACCAUUGGCUCCAGAACCCGACAACGGCUUGCAGUGUAUACCUCCGAUCCUCAGAUUGUCAACUGGAGUGUGGACAUUGAGGACUGGCUCUGGGGUGAUACCGAAACUCCGGAGAGACAGCUGGAGGCGUUCUAUCGAGAUGUGAGGCGCGGGGGCAACCUGGCUGUGAUGCAUUACCUUAAGCCGAGCACGGUCAAGUAUUUCCCACAGAUUAUUCGCUUUGUCAAGGCAAUGAACUUGACCAUUAUGCGGAUCGACCAGUGCCUUGAGGACCCUAGCAGUCCACCACUGCUGGUCGGUUGA